UGGUUAGGGCAGCGGACUCGCGGUUUCGAUUCCCAGAGUGAGUGUUUAUUGACCGAAAACACCGAAAGCCCCACGAGGCUCCCGCAGGGGAUGGUGGCGAGCCUUGCUGUACUCUUCUACCACAACUUUCUCUCGCUCUUACUUCCUGUUUCUGUUGUGCCUGUAAUUCAAAGGGUCAGCCUUGUCACACUGUGUCACGCUGAAUAUCCCCGAGAACUAUGUUAAGGGUACACGUGUCUGUGGGGUGCUCAGCCACUUGCACGUUAGUUUCACGAGCAGGCUGUUCCGUUGAUCGGAUCAACUGGAACCCUCGUCGUCGUUAAGCGACGGAGUGCCAACAAAAUACAGUACAAUAAUAGUAAUGAUGAUGGUUUCAAAUGUUGGCUCAAAGCUAGCAAUCUUUCAUGGAACCCAGUAUUUCUAAAAAGAUGAAAGACAAAGUCAACCUGGUCCGUUGUUGAAGUUAGGAGACUGACGAAAUGCCGUUCAGUAUUUUGUCCGGUUUGCUAACGCUUCUGGCAGUAAAUAAUAGAAUUAUAUAAACCCUUCGAAGUUACAGUAAUCAUAUCGAAAUGAAAACAGAACAACACUGUUGUUUUUAAAACCACCCCAGGGUUGAGUUUUAUGUGAUAUAAAGUAAAUAGAUGAAAGAUUUGGUGGAUUAACGAAUAUCACACCAUGUUGACAGAAAAGAAAUUUCUUCAUUCAGAUGUGCCUCUAAUAUUCAUUGAGUAAAGGAAGACCAUGGUACAUUCUUCCAUACAUCAAACUCUUUAUAUAAAUAAAAUCUGCAACAAACGAUGGGAAAAUGCUUCUUGUAGACAAGGAAAUUAACAGCAACAUCUUCUUGUCUUCACUGUCUGGAAUGUAGAGAUGAUCAAUUUAGAGGUUAAUUAAGGCCACGUAACUUUACAGAGGAUUUGAAAGUUUUCACCUGAAGAUUUACAUAUGAAAUAAGAUGACAGAUGAAAGAAACAUAGCAUUGAAUUAUUCUCUCAAAAUAGUGUUGUGAACCGUAGAAAUAAGGAAAACACUAUCAUUGUUCUCUGAUAAUGAGUAACUUAACAAAACCUAAAAACUCUGAUCCCAAAGAGAAGCCAUAUCACUGUGAUAUCUGUGGUAAAUCAUUCUCUCGAAGGGGUGCCUUGAAUAUACACAAUUUUUUAACUCGUCACAAACGUAGUCACACAGAAGAGAAGCUAUAUCAUUGUAAUAUCUGUGACAAAUCAUUCUCUGAAAGUGUUGACUUGACUAAACACAAAUCUACGCAUAAAGGAGAGAAAGCAUAUCACUGUAAUAUCUGUGGUAAAUCAUUCCUCAGAAAUAGUCACUUGAUUAGUCACAUUCGUAUUCAUACUGGGGAAAAACCAUAUCAGUGUGAUAUCUGUGGUAAAUCAUUUUCUCAAAAUAUUUCUUUAACUUGUCACAAAAAUAUUCAUACAGGAGAGAAGCCAUAUCAUUGUAAUAUCUGUGGUAAAUCAUUCUCUGCAAAUAGUAAUUUGUAUUGUCACAAACGUAUACAUACUGGGGAAAAACCAUAUCAGUGUGAUAUUUGUGGUAAAUCAUUCUCUGCAAAUUGUACUUUAACUUACCACAAACAUAUUCAUACAGGAGAAAAGCAAUAUCACUGUGAUAUCUGUGGUAAGUCAUUCUCUCAAAAUAGUAACUUGACUAAUCACAAACGCAUCCAUACAGGAGCGAUGCCGUAUUAUUGUAAUAUCUGUGGUAAAUCGUUCUCUGUAAGAAGUUACUUGCCUAAACACAAACGUAUUCAUACAGGAGAGAAGCCAUAUCAUUGUAAUAUCUGUGGUAAAUCAUUCUCUGGAAAUAAUCUUUUGACUAGUCACAAACGUAUUCAUACUGGGGAAAGACCAUAUCAGUGUGAUAUUUGUGGUAAAUCAUUUACUCAAAAUAAUUCUUUAAUUUGUCACAAACGUAUUCAUACAGGAGAGAAACCAUAUCAUUGUAUUAUCUGUGGUAAGUCAUUCUCUCAAAAUGGUCACUUAACUAAACACAAACAUGUACAUACAGGGGGAAAAACCAUAUCAUUGUGAUAUCUGUGGUAAAUCAUUCUCUACAAAUAGCUAUUUCAUUAGUCACAAACAUAUUCAUACUGAGGAAAAAACCAUAUCAGUGUGAUACUUGUGAAGAUGGCAGUUUAUCUAGUCACAAAUGUUUUUAUACAGGAGAGAAGCCAUAUCUAUGGUGAGUCAUUCUUUCAGAAAGACCAUUUAGGUACACAUGUAAAUAUUCAUACACAAGUGUGACUGUAUAAAAACUUAUUAAAAUAGGACAAGGAAUUAUGAAUAUUUUGUCUGCUAAAAGACAGGGUUUAUUAUUCUUCAGGCUUCACAUUAUCAACUUCAGUUUGUUCAAUGUUAAUAUGAAAUUCAUGAAUAUCAGCUUCAAUGUCAUGUAUAUAUCUAAAGAUAUCAACACGGAGAUGACUUUGAUUUCUGAAGAUGAUUGUGCUGGAUUUUUGAGGAAUUUGUUAGAAAAUAAUGAAUAAAAGUUUUAAGUGAUAUUGA